AACCGGUCACUCUCCCGGUGUGGAUGGUCACGAGCAGUCAGCAUGUGGAGGCUCACCGGGAGGCACCGAGCUCGUGUAGUGUUACUCCAGCUGUGCGUGUCUCUGCUCCGUCCCCGUCAUCAGCUGUGAGAGCGAGAUCAUCACCGAGGAAAGGCACGCGGGACACGCACACCUGCGGGUCGGAUGGAAUAGAUGGAGCGAGUUACGCGGGCGCCGCCAGGAUCGCCGCCGCCGCCGCCGCCGCCGCACUCACCCGUUUCCACUUCUUGCUCUCGCAGUCCACGGAGGAGCGCGCGCCGCCGCCGGCACUGAACUCUCUGUGUAAUAAGCUGAUUUGACCAGGGAUGUGAAUACCGCUACGCACGCGGGAUUAGGAGGUUAUUGGGUGGGGGGAAGGAGGAAAAAGAGCAAAACAAAACAAAAAGCACUGACAAUGCCCCGCGGCUCGAGCCUGCAUUCCCGGCUGUUGUUGGUACGGUGGACGCACGGUGCCCGGUCUCCCCCGGCGGUUCCACGUCAUCUUCAGUAGCUACCAGGUCCUCCUCUGCUGCUCCACUCGUGUCGCCCCCGGUGUGGAUAAUAUGACUUCCUGGCUACGCACAGACGGUAGCGUCCCUCUGUGUCUCGUGCUCUCCUCCCUGGUGGUCGCCAUCUGCGCUGAAGCCUCCCGUCCGGGUGACAGUGUGUGCUGGUCUCCUACUAUCUCCUCUUGUACAGAUUGUCUCAGACGUGGACCGCAGUGUGCUUGGUGCUUCAAGGAGGGCUUUCUGGAUGGGGCGGGGGUGGGCCAGCGCUGCGACCUGCCACUGAACCUGCUCAGGAGGGGCUGCGAGCUAGAGUUCAUCGAACAGCCAGAGGUCCAGGUGGAGGUGAACGCCACCAUCAGCAGCACACAAGUGUCCCCUCGAGACCUCAGCAUCACCCUCAGACCAGGUUCAGAGGCCAGUUUCAUCGUGGCUGUAAACCAGCUGGAGCGUUAUCCAGUGGAUCUGUACUAUCUGGUGGAUGUAUCAGCAUCUAUGCAGGAAAACCUUGAUCAGUUGAAGACAGUGGGUGUAGCUCUGUCCCAUCGUAUGACUGAACACUCCUUAGACCUGCGGCUGGGUUUUGGCUCCUUUGUGGACAAACCCGUCUCCCCCUACAUCAACGUCCAUCCCUCCAAGAUCAACAACCCCUGCAGUGACUAUGAGAUCCGCUGUCGUCCAGCCCACGGCUUCCACCACGUCCUGAGUCUGACAGCAAAUAUCACAGAGUUUACACGUGUGGUCAAACGCCAGCGCAUCUCGGGCAACAUGGACACACCUGAGGGAGGCCUGGAUGCUAUGCUGCAAGCUGCUGUCUGUCAGACGGAGCUGGGUUGGCGUCCAGAGGCGAAGCGUCUCUUGCUGCUGAUGACCGACCAGCCAUCCCACUUGGCGCUGGACAGCCGGCUGGCGGGCAUCGUCACACCACACGACGGCCUGUGUCACCUGGAGAACAACAUUUACUCAGAGAGCACCAGGAUGGACCAUCCCAGUAUGGGUCUGUUGGCUGACAAGCUGCUAGAAAACCACAUCUACUCCAUCUUCGCUGUGGAGAAGCAACAGUAUCAGUGGUAUGAGGACUUGGUUGGCCUCCUGUCUGGCUCCUACCUAGGAAAAGUCGGCCUCUUCCAAGCCCCAAACCUCAUCGAGCUCGUGGUGAAUGCAUACAAGAGGUUUUUGUCGGAGGUGGCGGUGUCGGUGGCUGUGGAGGACAAGGCAGUCAGCAGGUACUGGGUGUCCGUCACUCCACUCUGUCCCGACGGCUCCACGGCCAAGAACCAGAGCUGCUCCGGGGUCCAGCCCAACCAGACGGUUUACUUCAACAUCACCAUCGGCCUGCGCUCUUGUCCCGAUGAUGGUGAGGAUGAGGAUGUGUCAGUGGAGGUUCGCCCUGUGGGCUACAACGAAUCCACCGUUGUCAGGGUCCGCUCUCGGUGCCGCUGCAGCUGUGGACCUGCGGGACUUUGCCACGACAGCGCCCAAUCAGCAUGCAGCGAGACUCCACACAAGGCCGCUCUUGGACUGAAUAAGGACUCAGACAGGAAUUCGGAGUCCAACUGUAGAGCUGGUGGGUCGGAUGUGGACUGCAGCGGCCGAGGUGUGUGUGAGUGCGGGAAGUGUGUAUGCGAGCACAGCAGGCUGGGCGCUGUGUAUGGACAAUACUGUGAGAAGGAUGAUUUCUCCUGCCCAUAUGAAGAGGGACUGGUCUGUGGAGGACGGGGUGUGUGUGUGUCAGGUGAGUGCGUGUGUAAUGAUGGCUGGACAGGCGAUAACUGCGGCUGCCCUGUUUCCACGGCAACCUGCCAAUCUGCCAAUGGGUUGCUAUGCAGUGGGCGGGGCAGUUGUGUGUGUGGCAAGUGUGUGUGCAGUGACCCCCAGUUCUCUGGAAACGUCUGCGAACGAUGCCCCAUGUGCCACAGCACCUGCCAAUCAUACUGGAAGUGUGUGGACUGCCAUCUGUCUCACGGUCUCACACAGGACGAGGCGGGACACUGCAACCACACUUGUGCCCCACUGGUGGGCUACUUAGACGAUGCCUCAGGUCUGUCGGGGGAGACGUGGGGUCAGUGUGUGUACAUCAGUAAUGACAGCUGUCGCUAUAGGUUCCAGACAAGCUCAGACUCUGGACGGACCCAGCUACAGAUUAGUACACGCCCAGAAUGUGCUAGCCGCGGUCGGUUGGUCGGGACUUUCCUGAGUGUGUGUGCUCUGACGGUACUGUGCGGGCUGGUGGUGGUGGCUGUGUCCAGAUUGCUAUUACAGAAAAGAGGCUGGACACCCGGUGACCCUAUUGAGGAUGGAGGCUAUCACCCCACUAUCAAGGAGCUGUCAUACAUCCCCAGAACCAAUGAGAAGACUGUCACCUACAGGAGGGACUGCCCGUCUGUGGAGAUGCACAUCCAGGUGCCCAAGAUGAACCUGGACGACCACUGGCAGUGCUAGGCAGAAGUCAAAGGUCACGAGGAAGUCAGCAGCAAUAGAGACAUGUGGGAGACGCAUUUGCUCAGGCCCUCAUUCGGCCUUUAAACUGGUGAAGAAUGGCAGACUUAGUAAUAAGGGCGCAGUGGAAUCGAGUUAGUAAAUCUUAUGAACUGAAAUACAAUUGACCAAACUUAUUUGGACUGUGUGACUUCGGCCAGUAUCCUGCAAAUUUUACAGGAAGAGGUGAGGAGAGGAAGAGCACAUGUUCCCUCCUCCUCUUCAUCUGUUGCAGCAGGGUGGCUACUUCCUCUACAAGGUACGAUGUGGUCAUUCCUUUUACUUUUAGCCAUGCUGCAGUUACUGCUCUAACUUAUGUUUGUUUGUUUUGUGUGUGUGUGUGUGUGUGUGUGUGUGUGAGAGAGAGUUUAGGGGUAUGUUGGGGUCUGUAGGCAGGUACAUGUAUGCAGGCCUCCUAUUUAUAAUGUUCUGGUCAAAAAAAAGCAAAAUACACACUACUUGUGUUAGGUUAAUGUGCUUGAAUGACACUCCGCCAAACUUUAGCAUUGUAAUACUAUGACUGUGGCACAGUAACGUCAUCUUGUGUUAGCCUGCCCCCUUGUGGUCAGUGCGAGCUAUGGCAUUUCUUUCUCAAAUACUGUCUAAAUCACUGACCUCAGCUGUGUUGCCUUGGGAUUUAAGAAAUGAAGCACGCCAGUGGUACAGCAGGCUUUUACAAAUCAUAGAAAAGUCUGUUAAUUUCUGUGGAGCUGUAUUUUGAUUUUUUUUUACCUUUUUGAUUAAUUAUUGAUUAAGUGUUUUGUUUCCUGUCUUUUUUCUAAGUGCUUUAGUGUUUCUCUAUUAUGUUUUUCCAUUGUCACGUGAGGUUCGCUGAUCAACUGCCUUGCUCAUCAGUAUUAUACUGUAGAUGUUUUAUCAUGUAAAGCGAGCAUGUAGUUGUAUAUUGUUGUCUAUUGUCAAUAAUCAGGUUAGACUUGCACUAGAACAACUGUUUUGCAUUGUACUACUGAAAAGUGUCCCGUUCGGGCUGUGCAGAGGAGGGUGCAGGGCUCGGUGGGCACAGAGGGAGACUGGAUCAAGUGGCACGGGCUGCUUCUGCUUGCUGUACAUUGUGCAUUUUGGGAGUCAUGUGCACAUUAAGUGUGGAUGACACUGACGUUAACAAAAUAACAACACUGGACUGAAGAUUAAUAUCUCAAAAAAUGAACAUACUGACGCUUACUGGCAACCAUAUCAUCAAUAGAACGAUCAUGUGACCUCUAAGUCAGGGACAGAAAUGCACCGGCAUACAUCGUGACUCAUUCCAGUUGCACUGCACUAAAAAGGCCACACUCUAAGAAUAGACUAAUUUCCAGGCAAGGGUACGUUUGGUAAAGGUACGGAGAUCAGAGCUGGAAUUUUACGCCUUACACUCUUCAUCCAGAGCCAUGAGGGUGCGUUUGGUCCAUUUGCUCCACUGGAUCCCAGCGCCAGGUGCAUGGCCUCCUAUGAGAAGGCCUUUUGCCCAGUCUCUCCUUUUGAUUUUAACACUAUUUUGUUUACAGCAAUAGCUGCUCUGAUUUUUUUUUUUCUAGUUGGGAACACUAAUUAUUAUUUAUUGUGAUUUUAUUUCUUUGUAUUGUACAUUUUCAUUGUACUAUUUUGUGAUACUAAAUAUCACGCAGCCUUUGGGCAACUUGAGAUACAGGUAGUAAGUACUGUUGAGUGUUUAUGAAGAGCACACUCCUGUCCCUGGGCAUGAGAAUGAAUCAGCAGCAAUAAAUAAUCAUCUCAUCUAACUGGGCAUUGACUUUGGUGUAACAACAGCACUUUUCUGUGUAAUUUUGCUGUAAAUUUUUGUGACUAGUUGUGUAGCAUGAAUGUUUUCUCCAAAAUAAAAUGGGCCAGAUUUUUUAACCUUU